AUGGCAAGCCCUUUGUCGCCUCUCAAUUCACAACAACUCAAUUCUCGUACGCCAGCGACCGUGGUGCGCGAAGCCAAGAUGAGCAACAACAGCAUUGCCGGCACUCCUUGCAGAACAUCAACACCAAACAACAAAUCGCACGAAGACGAUGUCAUCAACUGGGACGACGAGGACACUGGAAGCUCUCCUUUUGUCGCAGAGGCUGAGAGUCGCGUCGCGAGCAACAACUUCGACCAAGUUCAAAUCGACCCCGAAGUUGACGCUAUCUUCGAAGACCCAUCAGACCCAUCGGAAACACAGUUCUUCGAGACUGACGACAAGAAGGCUUCCGUCUUCUCUAUAUCCUCCAUUGGCGACAAGGAGAACACUGGUGCUGUCGAGUCAGGCAUCAAGAGCCCACAGCCAGACCAAGAGGAGACACACAAGACGCCAGAGAAGGCUGCCACACCAGAAGCCACGAGGAAGUCGAUGUCGCCUCUAAAAGCAAGAUCGACCGUCAAGAAGAGACGCAGCAGCACUUUCGAAGAGGACACAACCGCCAUGCCUCCACCUUCGACCAGAAAGACUUUGCGCUUCAACUCUCCUCUCAAGACUAAAUCGCCUACCAAGCAGCUCGACUUUGCUUCCAAGACACCUCUCCCUCACAGCCGCGAAGCCUCUUUCGAGAAGUAUGAUGACAAUGUGGACGACUCUAUCAUGAUAAACGAUGUCGACGAGACUGGUGUUGAUGACACUUGCUUCAGCACUUUCUCUGCUGUCCCAGACAUGACCAUGUUUGCCAAACUGGGCGAUCGCAGAAGCCCCCUCAAGCAAUCUAUCCAACAAACACCUCAAAGCGAGCAAGCCACACCCAGACCUCGAAGACGUCCCUCGGACGAGCGAUCUCCUUCUCCCACACCGCGCAGACCCAGAACCCCUGGCACCGCCCAGUCGAACACAACCAACCUCAUAGACUUCACUCAACAAAUCGAACGCUUUGCGCAUGCCUCCAACCGCCCCGAUGUCCAGCAGACUCCGUCGCGCAGAUCUCCUCAGAAGUCUGCUACAGAACCCAACCUCCUAUCAUACCUAAACCAGCAGCGUUCACCAAACAAGGGCGCCCGUAUGAGCACUCCUGCCAAGUCUACCAGCCUGCUCAACCUGCUCGACUUCGAACUGCCUCCAGCUCCCACACCUAGAUCGAUCCCUACAAUCACCGUGCGCGAGCUCGAAUCGAUGAAGUCGCAAUACCAAUCACAAAUCUCGUCACUCAAGGCAACUCUCUCUGGCAGAGAAGCCGAAGUCGACUCUUUGAAGAAGGCAGUGGGAGAUGCCGAAAGACGUGUCGGCGAGGCUCUUGAGAAUCUGCGUGAAGAAAAGGGCCAACGCGAGCAGAUCGAAUUUGAGAAGAACCAAUGGGAGCAGCGGGGUGUUGAGUUUGAACAACUCCUCAAGAACGUCAGAGAAGAGGUUAUGCGCAGUGACGAAGAGAAGGAAUCCCUGAUCCGCCGCGCCGAAGAGAGCGACCGCCAAACCGAAAGGCAACAAACCCGUGCAGAUGAGGCAGAGUCAAAAGUCCUCGAUCUGGAAGCCCAACUCGCAACCGCUCGCGCUGCCAUCCCUAAGAACGACGGCUCUGGUAACAUGAUCGACGAGGCACAAAUCCAACACCUCGUCCAACAACAGAUUGAUGCAAAGGUCGAAGCAGUCUCGCGCGAACUCCAUUCCGUCUACAAGAAGAAACAUGAGACAAAGGUCGCAACCCUCAAGAAGUCAUACGAAGCACGCGGCGAGAAGAAAUGCGCCGAACUCCAAGCCCGCCUCGACCAUCUCGCCAAACAAAACGAAGAACUCGCAGCCAAUGCAGCAAACAACAACAUCGAGAAUUCCAUGAUGUUCACAGCAGACGACCGCAGGGUGAUGGAAGAAGCAAACUCCACAAUCGAAGAACAGCGCGCCGCUCUCGCAAACCUAGACCGACAACUUCAAGUCAUGCAACACGAGCAAACCUCCCUGAUCCAGGAACUUGAAAAAGAAAGAGUUGAAAAGGGUGAACUUGUUGCUGCUGUGGAUGAAAUGCUCAUGUUGCAGACUUCGGCUCCAGAGGGAAACAGUGCUGCUGUUAUCGAGGACUUCAGACGCAGUAUUAGUAGGCCUGCUCCUCCGCCGCAUGCUAGUAUUCCUGCGUUCAGAGAGAGGGAGGAGAAGCCUGCCCCAGUACAAAGCAGAAUCGGCAGGGGUGUGCCUAGGGCUUCAGGAAUCGCUUCCAAGAGCAAGAUGAUGAGCAACAUCGAGCGUAUGGGUGGAGCUCCUAAGCAUUGA